AUGUCCCUCUAUGCUCGACAACUCAACAUCAAUGACCUAGAGCGGUCACUGGCCGUUGAAACUGCCGCGUUUCCUUCCGCCGAGGCCGCCACUCGUGAAAAGAUUGAGUAUCGCUUAACAGUCUGUCCCGAGAUAUGCAUUGGCCUAUUUCUUCGUGCUGGCGCCAGCUUGCCGUCCCCCAUUCCUCAUGACAUCCCAUUCGCGGAGGAUCCGACAUCCGACAACGACGACGACGUGCUUCUCGCACAUGUUAUCUCUACCAAAACUGCCAACAAACCCGUCAAAGAUGAAGAUAUGGACUACCCCCGUAACUGGAAGGAAGAUCUACAAGGUGACUACGCCGUGGGUCACAACAAGAAUGGACGAACGAUUGCUCUCCAUGCUCUUGCUGUCGCGCCCGAUUACCAGAGGGCCGGUCUGGGCAAGGCCAUUAUGCGCGUCUAUAUCCAGAGAACGAAGUCACUCAAUGCUGCGGAUCGCAUAUCUAUCUUGACGUAUGACCGUCUUGUUCCGUACUACCAGAGACUUGGAUUUGAGCACUAUGGGAAGAGCGAGUCUGAAUAUGCUGGGGUGGCUUGGCAUGAUCUUUCUUACAUACUAUCUUCUCCUCUGUGA